GCAACCCGGAGACGCAAUCUGUGUCAAUUGCCGGCCGACGUAGCUCGAAUAAAGGCCGUAGCCUAUUUCUGACUGUGGCUUUUUUUAACGUGUGAGGCUGCCGUUAGCCCCUUUUGUCUACAUGGCGGGUUGAUGAUUUAUCCUUUAGUCCGCCUGUUGCUCGUUUGUGUCCGGCCAGCGUCGCGUCGUCGCCGUGUUUUCGCGCUGUAAUGACAGGUGUUCAAGGUAAAGAGCCCACACGAUGACGCCUGGCGCUGCGAUCGCUCGAUGCGAAAGGUGCAUUAGGGAGGUUUCUGCCUUUGUUUUCAUAUUGUUUAUUCAAUAGACAUCAGGCGGCUGUGGAGAGGUAGAAAAGACGCGGCGCGACGACCAGACACAGGAUGGAGGAUGUUCUCCCUUCUUCUGAAAAUCGUCAAUAUUAAUGGACAGUAAUUAAUCCUCGCGGGGAGGUUAAUUGGUUAAGAGGUUUAAAGCGACGUAGCGACUCGUUGAAUAUUGUGAUGUCCUAUUUUGGUUUGUAGUGAACGGCUCGUCGUCCAGGUUCUGUAGGCUACAGGCAGAUUACAAGGCAGAUAAAGAUGGUGUUUCGGAGUGAGGAGAUGUGCUUGGCGCAAUUGUUUCUGCAGUCCGGCUCUGAAUAUGACUGCAUUAGUGAGCUCGGAGAGCUGGGGCUGGUCGAGUUCCGAGAUCUUAAUCCAAGUGUCAGCUCAUUCCAGCGACGCUUCGUCAGCGAAAUCAAGAGAUGUGAGGAGAUGGAGAGAAUUCUGGGCUUCCUUCUGAGGGAGAUCCAAAAGGCUCAUAUAGCUGUUCCAGAGGAGGAUGAGAGUCCACUUGCUCCUCCCCCAAGACAAGUCCUGGAGAUCAUGGAGCAGCUCCAGAGGCUUGAGAUGGAGCUCAGCGAGGUGGCGAGGAACAAAGAGAAGCUGCGGAGGAACCUCCUGGAGCUCACCGAGUACACACACAUGCUGAAGAUCACGCGGACCUUCAUACACAGCCGCUCCAGACAUGAGGCUCUUGGUCCCCAGUAUGAAGAAUUCCCUACUAUGGAGACAGACUCGGUGACAGGAUGCACCGGUAUGCAAAGACUUGGAGCCAAGCUGGGGUUUGUUUCAGGUCUUAUCCAGCGGGUGAAGGUCGAGGCCUUUGAGCGCAUGUUGUGGAGAGUGUGUAAAGGUUACACCAUCCUGAGCUACGCAGAAGUGGAUGAGAACCUCGCUGAUCUUGACACUGGUGAGAUAAGCAAAAGUGUUGUGUUCCUCAUCUCUUUUUGGGGAGACCAGAUUGGACAAAAAGUUCAAAAGAUCUGUGACUGUUACCACUGUCAUCUUUAUCCGCACCCUGAGAAUGACGAGGAGCGGGCAGAUGUGUUGGACAGCUUAAGGACGCGCAUCCAAGACCUUAACAAUGUGCUGCACCGCACUGAGGACUACUUGAGGCAGGUUCUGCAGAAGGCCUCAGAGUCAGCCUACACCUGGGUUGUGCAGGUCAAAAAGAUGAAAGCUAUCUAUCAUAUCCUCAACCUCUGCAGCUUCGAUGUCACCAACAAGUGUCUGAUUGCUGAGGUCUGGUGUCCCGUCAGUGAUCUGGCAAAUCUGCGGGGGGCGCUGGAAGAAGGCUCAAGAAAAGGUGAUGCCACUGUUCCGUCCUUUGUGAACCGCAUCCCCAGCACUGACACUCCUCCUACCCUUCUAAGAACCAACAAGUUCACAUCAGGCUUUCAGAGCAUUGUGGAGGCUUAUGGGGUAGGGGACUAUCGCGAGGUAAGCCCAGCUCCCUACACCAUCAUCACAUUCCCCUUUCUGUUUGCUGUGAUGUUUGGUGACCUCGGGCACGGGAUGGUAAUGAGUCUCUUCGCCUUGUGGAUGGUGCUGACAGAAAAAAAGCAGAAGAAGAAACGCUCCAGUAAUGAGAUAUGGGUCACGUUUUUCAACGGGCGUUACAUCAUCCUAAUGAUGGGGCUUUUCUCUGUCUACACCGGGCUGAUUUACAAUGACUGUUUCUCUAAGUCUCUCAACUUAUUUGGCUCUGGCUGGAGCGUGAAGGCUAUGUUCACAAAUCAGCAAUGGACAAACAAAACACUCCAAACAAACGCCUUGCUCACGUUAGACCCUAAUGUCAGUGGUGUUUUCAGUGGACCGUACCCGUUUGGCAUUGAUCCUAUAUGGAACAUGGCGGUGAACCGACUCUCAUUCCUCAACUCCUACAAGAUGAAGAUGUCAGUGGUUAUUGGGGUCAUCCACAUGAGCUUUGGAGUGGUGCUGAGUGUCUUCAAUCACUUGCACUUCCGACAGAAAUUUAAUGUCUAUUUGCUGUUUCUUCCUGAGCUGCUCUUCCUGCUCUGUCUCUUUGGCUACCUGGUCUUCAUGAUUGUCUACAAGUGGUUGGCAUUUGGUGCACGAGACUCCAGCCAGGCUCCCAGCAUCCUCAUCCACUUCAUCAACAUGUUCGUGAUGCAGGGGAAGGAUAUCACUCCUCUUUACCCAGGACAGACUGGGCUGCAAAUUUUCUUAGUUGUGAUAGCUAUGCUUUCAGUUCCUGUGCUGCUGUUAGGGAAACCUCUUUACCUGUAUUGGCUGUAUCGUGGAGGCAAAGGCCUGCGCAGACGCAGGGGUUAUGAGAGGGUGAGGCGUGUAAGUGAGGAUGAUAAUUCCACAGCACCAUCUUAUGAAGAUGAUGAAGAGGAAGGACUUGAUGAAAUCACCGGCAGAGAAGUUCUUCCCAAAGAGUUUGACUUUGCAGAUGUGCUCCUGCACCAGGCCAUUCACACCAUAGAGUACUGCCUGGGCUGCAUUUCCAACACCGCGUCCUACCUGCGUCUCUGGGCUCUCAGCUUGGCUCAUGCCCAGCUGUCAGAGGUGUUGUGGUCCAUGGUGAUGCGCCUGGGUCUGAGGAUCACCACAAGAGUUGGGAUAGUGUUUUUGGUCCCUGUGUUCGGCCUCUUUGCCGUGCUCACCGUGUCCAUCCUACUGGUCAUGGAAGGCUUAUCAGCGUUCCUCCAUGCUCUCCGCCUCCACUGGGUGGAGUUUCAGAACAAAUUCUACCAUGGGGCCGGUGUCAAGUUCGUGCCCUUUGACUUCUCCCUUCUGCCCUCUGUUUUUGAGCAAGAUGGCUUGCUUUAAAAAAAAAAAUAAAAGGACUCUGAAGGGCUGGAUAUGAGUGGAAGCAGACUUUAUAAAUGGGAAGGAUGCUGGAAGCUGAAACAAUUCACACUGUGAUAACAAACCUUCAAGACAGUGGAUUGAAACUCACUCUUGUAGCAACGUUUUUCACCAUGACGAUUUUUAAAAUGUUAUCGGCUGUGCUGACUGCCUUACUACUGUACCCAGCAAACCUCUGGAUAUGCAGAGGUUCAAAAUUCUUGUUCCGUUAUUUGAUUUUGUGGGUGAGACAUCGCUCAACACUCGUCACACCAGUUGGGUGAAUUUAAAUAUUUAAUUUGCAUUGUGCUGUGUAAACUGGUUUUGUAUUAUUUGCAACAUGGUAUUUAAAAUGAACAGUUAUACAGUGCAAUGUAAAGUUUAAGUAUGUAACAACAACAAUAUACUGAAGACCAUACGAAGCAUCCUGAUGUAGUGCCAUAGAGAUCUGUUUCUGAUGAUGAUAUGAGGAUGUCUUUGGGUUUUAUAAAACUGAUCCUCCGUGUGAUGAAGGAAAAGCUGUGGGCAUCAAAAUCUAAAAAACAUUACUCCCCUGUUUGUGAGGCAUAUUGUCACAAAGCACUUUGCAGAAAUGAUUGUACAAUUUAAAGUUUUCACUACUGACUGUGAUGAUGCCAAAUGAAAAUAAUCAACUGUUAGCUGUUUGCUUCUUUACUUAUUAAUGCAUUUAUUUAAACGUAACCUCCCCUGUAACCAAUAGAAAAAUAUCAAAUACUCCAGAAAAAGUCAAGAAGCCUUAGGUCUUUCUUUGAUGAUAUUGCUUAUUGCAUUUGUUAAUGAUAAUUAAUCAUGGUAUUUAUUUAAAUUAUUGUCUGUACAAGAGUCCAAUAUUUUACCAUUUUUAUGUGUUGAAUAAAGGUUUUGAGAAAUGCAAGCAAAUAAAGCAUUCAUGUUCAAUGCCA